AUGAUAGAAAGUGACAUCUCAUCCGUGAUGUCAGGAAUUAUUCGAAACUCAGGACAAAACCAUCACCCCCCUCCGCAGGAGUACAGGCUCCUGGCCACCGCCUCGGGCGAUGACGACCUUCCGGGGGACCUGCAGUCCUUGUCGUGGCUCACCGCUGUGGACGUGCCGCGGCUGCAGCAGAUGGCGAGUGGCCGCGUGGACCUGGGCGGCCCCAGUGCACCACACCCACAUCCAGGUGCCUUGGCCAGGGCAGCCGACCUGCAUGUGGGAGCCACCCCAGGUCCACUGCUCCACGGCCCGGCUGGCAUGGCCCCCCCAGGCAUGUUAGGCCUGGGCCCCGUAGCCAAUCAUGGAGCCAGCAUGAACCAGAUCACCAUGGCGGGCCGGCCCUCCUCCAGCCUGCAGGACCCACCACAGCUGUACCCCACUGCCUCCCAAGCGCAGUUACCGCUGCCCCCAGGCACCCAGCAGGGGGCCCCUGUGGGCCUGUACGGCUCCCCGUUCGGAGCACGGCCUCCCUACCCCCAGCCCCGCAUGGCUGUGCAUUCAUCUCGGGAACUGCACCCCAAACACUACCCCAAGCCCAUCUACUCAUACAGCUGUCUCAUCGCCAUGGCCCUGAAGAACAGCAAGACAGGCAGCCUGCCCGUGAGUGAGAUCUACAGCUUCAUGAAGGAGCACUUCCCCUACUUCAAGACGGCUCCGGACGGCUGGAAGAACUCGGUGAGGCACAACCUGUCCCUGAACAAGUGCUUUGAGAAGGUGGAGAACAAGCUGGGCGGCUCCUCAAGGAAGGGCUGCCUGUGGGCGCUGAACCUGGCCCGCAUCGACAAGAUGGAGGAGGAGAUGCACAAGUGGAAGCGGAAGGACCUUGCUGCCAUCCACCGGAGCAUGGCCCACCCCGAGGAGCUGGACAAGCUGAUCUCGGACCGGCCAGAGAGCUGCAGACGCCCCGGCCAACUGGGAGACCCCGAGGGCCCCGUGCUGACUCAUGCCACCACGGUGGCCAUGGCCCGCGGAUGCCUGGCUGUCUCCCAGCUUCCGCCCCAGCCGCUGAUGACCCUGUCCCUGCAGUCAGGCCCCCUGCACCACCAGGUCCAGCCCCAGGCACACCUCGGCCCAGACUCUCCCGCCCCGGCCCAGACCCCACCACUGCACACGCUGCCAGAACUGAGCCCCAGCCCCCUCCCCCACCCCGCUAUGGGAAGGGCGCCCGUGGACUUCAUCAACAUCAGCGCCGACAUGAACACUGAGGUAGAUGCCUUGGACCCCAGCAUCAUGGACUUUGCUCUGCAGGGGAACCUCUGGGAGGAGAUGAAGGAUGGGGGCUUCAGCCUGGACACGCUGGGGGCCUUCGGAGACGCCCCCCUCGGCUGUGAGCUGGGGGUCUCGGGCCUGACCCCUGGCUCCGGCGGCAGCGACGAGCCCUUCCCAGACUUGCAGGUGACGGGCCUGUAUGCUGCAUACUCGACCCCAGACAGUGUGGCCGCGUCCGCUGCCACCUCCUCCCAGUACUUGGGCACCCCAGGGAACAAGCCCAUAGCCCUGCUUUGA